GCAGUUGUUAAAUGCCUCCAGCGCUCGGCUUCACCACAGACAGACACAGACAGACAGACUCUCUUCAGCGAGAAUCACGAGACCAGCGCUGUCCACGGCACGCUAAAAAUAUCUUUGUCGUUUUUUGUGUAGUUUGAAACUUUGUUGCGCUAAGUUUGAUCCUAACCCAACACGAGUGUGGGACAGAAGCAAGUCUUCAGAGCUCUGGUUUAUCAUCGUGUUCAGUGGCACAGAGUUUAGAGCGCAUUUCACCCACGAUGUCCACCAACACGCAGCAGAGCAAGAGCUGCCCCAUUCCCACGCGUGUCCUGCACCUCAAAGACUGGUCCCAGCUCCCAGACUGCUACAGCCAGACCCCUGGAGGAACACUCUUCUCCACCACACCAGGGGGAACUCGGAUCAUUUAUGAUAGAAAAUUCCUCCUGGACUGCAGGAACUCUCCCGUUGCCCAGACCCCACCCUGUUGUUUGCCCCAGAUUCCUGGGGUGACCAUUCCUUCACACCAUCCGAUGUCCAAACUGCAGGAACUCAAAGAGGAGUUGGAGGAGGAGAAGGAUCUGGCAGCGGAUGACAACCAGUUUGAGAUGGACAUUUGAGUCUUUCACCUACCUCCUGUGGAGAAUUCUUUAUUUUAUGUCGGGAUGUUGCUGCUCACCCCACGAUCAGCGGACAUCACAUAUUCACCAGAUUACAGGGCUUUUUAAUGAGCUAAACCGCCAAAUGGUGUCUUAUUCUUUUGUUUAAAAGUAUUUGUUAGAUGUUUACGAGAAAGAAAAAAAAAACAUUAUUUUCAAGUGGCAGUGUUUUAAAGUUCUUUAUUGUACAUAUGGUUGUUUCUAUUUUUUUUUUUUUAAGAAAAUGUAGCAUUACGUGUGAACCGGGGGAAAUCCACGGCAAAGUCUCUAAUUUCUGAGCUUUAUAUCUCUACAAACACUGUUGAUUGUUUAAUAGUAAAGACCUACUAUAUGCAAAAUAAAUGUCUGUAGCGUAAGUUUGGUGUUUCGCCUCAAAAAACACAUCAGAACAUAAAUGUACACCAUUGUGUGCCCUCAGGGUUUUCCUUUUGUUUCAUUUGCCUGGAUUUCCUCAGGUUUUAUUUUGAUUGAAAUAAAAGAAAAAAGAAAAA